AUAAUGGGACCAUGAGGAGAGACCACCAAUGGUGCCUAUGGCGUGAUUUUUGUGGGGGAAGAAAUUGUAGGUCCUUGGGACAGGGGCUCUUUGGGGUUUCAUCUGUCUCUGUCCUGACAGGACAGUGUGACAUUUGAAGAUGUGGCUGUGUACUUCUCCUGGGAGGAAUGGGGUCUUCUUGAUGAGGCUCAGAGACGCCUAUACCAUGAUGUGAUGCUGGAGAACUUUGCACUUGUGACCACCCUGGGUUGCUGGCAUGGAGCAGAGGAUGGGAAGGCACCUUCAGAGCAGGCUGCUUCUAUAGGAGUGUCACAGGUCAGGACUCACCAUGCAGGUUCAUAUCCCCAGAAGGCACACCCCUGUGGGAUAUGUUGUCUGGUCUUAAAAGACAUUUUGGGUGUGGCUCUGCAUCAGAGAACACGUCCCCAGUUGAGAUCUUACACAUGUAGGAAACAAGUCUGUUUCACUGCGAACCUUCACCAGCAUGGGAAGCAGCAUAGUGGAGAGAAACUGUUGAAAUGGGCUUCAUUUGUGAAGAGCUGUAGGUCCCAUGUGUCAGGGAAGUCCUUUACCAAUGGGGAGGUUGAUAAGGAUUUCCUCGCCAGUUCAGGCCAGCACCAGCACCAGGCCACUCAUAAUGGGCAGAAACCACACAGUUGCACCGUGUGUGGGGAAGCUAUUAACAGUGGGAAGAGCCAUUGCAGUUGGUGUGAAUGCAAGAAAACUUUUAGCCACAAAUACACUCUUGCUGAACGCCUGAGUGUCCGCACUGGAGAAAGGCCUUAUGAGUGCAGUGAAUGUGGGAAAUCCUUCACCCGAAGGUUUAACCUCUUCCAGCAUCAGAAAGUCCACACCGGAGAAAGGCCCUAUAAAUGCAAUGAAUGUGGGAAAUUCUUCACCCACAUCUCCAGUUUCAUUCAACACCAGAGAAUUCACACAGGGGCAAAGCCUUAUAAAUGCAGCAGAUGUGGGAAAUUCUUUGGCCAGAGCUCCAGCCUUAUUGUACACAAGAGAGUUCACACUGGAGAAAAGCCUUAUGAGUGCAGUGAAUGUGGAAAAUCCUUUAGCCAAAGCUCCAGUCUCAUUAAACAUCAGAGAGUUCACACUGGAGUGAGGCCUUAUGAGUGCAGUGAAUGUGGAAAAUGUUUUGGUGACACCUCCAGCCUCAUUAAACACCGUAGAGUUCACACUGGAGAGAAACCUUAUGAGUGCAGGGAAUGUGGGAAAUUUUUUAGCCAAAGUUCUGGCCUCAUUCAACACCAGAGAGUUCACAGUGGAGAAAGACCUUAUGAGUGUAAGAUAUGUGGGAAAUCCUUUACCCGCAACUCUGACCUCUUUCAACACAAAAGGGUUCACACUGGAGAGAGGCCUCAUGAGUGCAGGGAAUGUGGAGAAUUCUUCAGUGACACCCAGUUUGCUCAACACCAAAAAAUUCACAUCAGAAAAAGGUCUCAUGAGUGCAACAAAUGUGCAAAAGCUUUCAGCCGAAGGUCUAACCUCAUUAGACACCAGAAAGUUUACCACCACACGGAAAGGCCAUAUGUGUGCAGCAAAUGUGGGAAAGCCUUCAGUCAGUGGUCUGCCGUGAUUCAGCACCAGAAAGUUCACAAUGCAGAUCGGCUUUAUGAGUGCAGUGAAUGUGGGAAAGCCUUUAGCCGAAGGUGUAACCUCAUCCGACACAAAAAAGUCCACACUGGAGAGAGACCUCAUGAGUGCAGUGAAUGUGGGAAAACCUUCAGCCGAAAGUCUCACGUCAUUGGGCACCAGAAAGUUCACACAGCAAAGCCAUAGCCAUGCAAGAAGCAGGCUUUCUACGUGUUUGAUAUAAUGCCAUGGGAGGAGAGCCUUUGUGAGGGAGACAUCUUCCUGAAGUUGAACUCAUACAUCUGAAUAUACACCACAGGGAAGAUUCCCUGUAAGUUCCAGGUAUGUGGGAAGCUUCUAGGAACCAUAUUGCACUUCCUAACCAGCUUGGGCUCCUUGCUGAAAUUGUGUGACUGCCAGUUUUCGUAGUAUAAGUCAGCUCUACUGCCUAGAAAGGCCCCCAUGGUAUGCAUCAGUUACCCCACUGUUUAGGGAAGUAGAUCUCUGUGUUCUGUCUGGAGAAAAUAAUGAGCAGCCUGAGCCUUUAGAGUAACAUCAUUCCCUUUUCUCUAAUUAAUGUGUAUAUCUGAUCCAGUUUUCUCCCAGAACACCUUAUCUGGGUUCUACUGGUGGCUUGCAGAGAAGGUUUGUCUUCAAGGACAUUGUUUUCAUAUGACACUUGUGAUGGAUUUUUCCAUUCUCCAUGUCACCAACCCAUAAACUGCCUGCCUGACCUUGCUAUGAUUUGUGCAAUAAUAAAGGCCUUAUUGUUUAAGCCACCUUUAAUCUUGGGGGUUGUAUUCACUAGCUGGUUGCUUUGAAAACAUCAUGA